AAAGAGAAGAAGAAGAAUUAUCCAUCCAUGGCUAAGAUCAAUUACUACGCAGCUUUGUUUUUAGUCAUCUUCGUAAUAUCAUCUGGUAUAAAGAUAGAGUGCAAAAACCAACCAAAACCGAACCAAGACGUGGGACCGGCAUGCGUUGUGGACUCCGACUGCGACGACUUUUGCGGGGGUCCCGACGGAGGCCAAUGCGACCUCGACGCUGAAGUAUGUCACUGCGUCAAACUUCGCUCUAAAUUCGCAGAGCCCCCCUCCAAUAACGGACAACCUAAGCCGAACCAAGACGUGGGACCGGCGUGCGUCGUGGACUCCGACUGCGACGACUUCUGCGGGAGUCCCGGCGGAGGCCAAUGCGACCUCGACGCUGAAGUGUGUCACUGCGUCAAGCUCCGCUCUAAAUUCGGAUACUAAAAUAAAUGUGUUGUGAUUCUUAUAUAUAGUUCCUGAAUAAAAAAUAAAAGCAUCAUCCAUCUAUAUAUAUAUAUCAACUUAUCAAGCAUUCAUGGAAGUCCAUGAACGCGGUUGCUUUC